GCACCCAAGCCCAACACCAACCUUUUGACUUUAAGAUCUUGAAAGAGCUGCAACAGUCAGUAAAGGCCAAUGGACUCCAAGCCCCAUAUACGCAGGCGCUUUUAGAAGCCACAUUAGCCCAGCUCUUGGUUCCAGAGGACAUCAAGCUUUUGGCCCAUACAGUGUUACCCCCAUCAGCUGGUGUUUUGUUUGCCCACGAAUGGGAAACUGCCUGCCGUGCUUAUGCUCCGGCUUUGUUACAACAAGUCAGAGGAAAUAAUCCAAAUAUUACCCUCGCAGACGUCAUAGAUGCCAUGAUGGGGCGUGGUCCCUUCGUUCAAGCUUCAGUGCAAGCCACACUGCUGCAAAUCUUAUUGAGGGACACCGCUCUUGCUGCUAAACAAGCAAUGAGAAAAAUCCCAGAACCCAGUAUUCAAUCAAGGUGGGGUUCAAUCAGGCAAGAGGCAAGAGAAUCAUAUUCUUCCUUUAUGGACAGGCUGCUUACAGCAGUGAGUCGCCAAAUUGAAAAUCCUGAAGCCAAACAAAUAAUCAUCAAACAAUUGGCCUUUGAAAAUGCCAAUGAGGAUUGUAAACUUGCAUUACGACCGAUAAUACACAAUCCUGCCACAGACACAGCAGCCAUGCUUCACAUUUAUCAGUCU